AUGAAGUUCGCUGCGGAAAAGGGUGUCACACUGAUGACUUUUGAUUGCAUCGAGGAAAUGCACAAGGUGAAAGACAUGAAGGCCAGUGGAAACUGUUACUUCCUCCGCAGAUUGCUUCUUCGAAUAAAAACCGACGACAAUGGUUGCAAAAUAUCGUUUAACGACAAAUUCGGCUGCUCCGUGGACGAUGCAAGACAGAUUUUGAAGUCGGCGCUUGACCUUAAUUGCAACGUAGUUGGGGUCACGUUCCACGUGGGAUCCGUCUAUGAGAACCCGGAGAUAUUUGGCCGCGCAAUAGCGCAGGCCAGGAUCGUGUUCGACAUAGCAGCAGAUAUUGGAAAGCCUAUGACGGUGCUUGACAUCGGAGGUGGUUUUCCAGGUGGAGUGCGCAGCAAUCAUAAGUUUAUGCAGGCUUGCGAGUCCGUCCAGCGGACAAUCGAUGAACACUUCCCGGAGUCGAGCGGAGUGCAGAUCAUUGCGGAGCCGGGCCAAUUCUUCUGCACAUCUGCAUACUCCCUCGUCGUCAGAGUCGUUGGCAAGAGACGCAGUGAUGCACUAAUCGACGGGGUUUCCCAUCGUCGCCAGGACGUCUUUCUCAAUGAGAGCAAGAACAACUGCAUUUCUUUAAUCCACGAGUUCCUCGACGUGAAAAUAAUGCCGUUGGAGGAGCCACGGGAGCGGCCCAUGGACGUGUUGACCACACUGUGGGGUAGCACGUGCAACCCCCUAGACCGCAUCGAUGCGAUGAAACUGUUUUUCGACGUGCAUGUCGACGAGUGGCUCGUGAUGGACAACAUGGGUGCAUACACGUUGAGCUUUGUCUGCGGCUUCAACGGAACCGGAUUUCCCACUGUUCACUACAUAGCACCACCGUCGAACAUCUCUUUAGUUCGCGAAACUGUUGAACGUUCUUCUAUACGCAGCGGCUACCUCCAGCCACAGGACGCUCUCAAGAGGAAACUGCUCGGUGUCAAACCAAAACUCGUCAACGGGAACUACUGUACAGUCAUGUGA